GGGUUCUUUGAUGGGCGCUUGCGCUUCAUCUGUUUGUGGAAAGGCGUGAGUCGGUUUCUGUUCGGUUUCUUUUUGAAUUUUGAUCGAGUGGAGAUGGAGGGUUUGUGAAAACUCAGCUCAGGGCUCAGGUCUUAAGAAAGUUGAGGAAUUGUUCCUUAUUCUGUAAGGGUGGUGCUUAAGGAACCACCCCUCCUUGGUUGCCGGGCUAUAACACCAAAUGGCCCAGCUGUUGCACCAUCAAGAUUCCACGUUUUAUGGGAAGGAAUUCCAUGGGCGUCGAUGGAGCAUUCUUCAGUUCUUUGGCUUUCGUCGGCGUAUGCGAUCCACUAAGAUGAUUUCUGACAAGAAACAAAGUCAGGGAAAAGGCAGUGGCGGAAGUAGACACCGAAGUUCAUAUGUUCCACUGAAAGAUGAAGACAUUGGUGUCAUGGACGAUGAGAAAUACAAUGAAGUAACGAAGAAAAACAAGGCUUCAAAAAAGAGUUCUGGUAAGGGAAGUUUGGGGUCCUUAAUUCUAAAAAAGUUGUAUGGAAAGGAAGGCCAGAAAGAAAAGAUGCUCCCUGUUGCACCAAAGCUACUGCGUACCCUUUCAAUACAUUAUCUGGAAAGCAAUGAGUAUGUUCUUGAUGGUGAAUCUGCUACUAAUGGUGAUGGUUCUUCCCAAAAUACUGCAUUAUCAAUGCAAAAUCCUAGAGAUACAAAUAUCCAAAAUGCUACAUUUAUCGGCCAGGAUGGUUGUGAUAAUGAUACAAGUUCUUUGCUUCUAAAGAGAGGUGAGAGUCAUGUGAAAAGAAAGAGCCAUCGUAGCAUUUCAAUGGAUGGGGUUCUUCAUAAGGUCCCUUAUGGACAGAAGGUAUCUGGAGAUGUAACUAAGGAAGGACUUUCCCGGUCAGCCUCCGCCACAUAUGACAGGGAUGGCUUGAAACCUUACAAUGGUACUGCUGCAAAAAGACCUGUAAACCAAGGUUUUCAGCGUUCACGUUCCCUCACUGAAUCAUUGGAGAGAUAUUCUCAUUUACUUGAUUCCAUUUCAAGCAGUCAGUCAAAGAGGAUGCUGACAAGUUCAAAAUCUACUAGGGAUUAUUCUUUGGAUGGUCCUGCUGUGAUGUCUGGGUUGCAAAGAACUUUUGCUGAGACUAGAUCAACAAGUUUGGUUAUACAUGCUGAAAAUCUUGUAAUUCCAGAAGAUGCCUUGGCAUCAUAUUUCCCAGAGAAUCCUAUUGUGGAUGGAGAUGUGGAUACUUCUAUGAAUGAGAUCUCUGGUCAUGAGGAUGUUGAUGGCUCUGAAAAUACUGCAUUAAUUGAACAGUACACUAAUGACAGAAAGAGUGGUAUUUCUGUGUCAAUUGAAGUUAAUGUAUGCACUGCCCCUUUACCUUCAGAAGUGACCGAUAUUUCACAGGAGCACACAGAAAUUUGUGAUGAUCAUCAGGUUCCCUCAUCAAAUGUAAUUGAUUUGUCUAUUUCUCAUUCAACAUACGAAGAAGUUGACAUCCCAGAAGAUCAUGGAACAUCUUGUAACGAAGAUCAUUUUAAUUCGUCCACAGAAGCCGUUAUGCAUACUAAAAUUGCAGAAGAUGGGAGUAUUAAAGAAGAGCAUACAUCAGUUUCAGAUGACAAACAAAUUCAUUCAUCCGAUGUUCUGAAGUCAAGAGAAGGUACUUUUUGCGUUCCUGAUCCCAGUCAAGAAAUUGAAGCUGAGAUAAAUAUAAGCUGCGAACAAGAAACUGACAGUCCAAUGUCUGUUCUUGAUGUGACAUUCUCAGAUGAUCCUGCUAGUCCAGUGAAAUAUACAAUCCUAGAUGAUUCGUCGUUGAAGCCAAGAAUCCUCUGUUUAGAUGAUGCUGAUGAUUUAGAUGACACAGUUCUCAAUGACAGCACUUCUAUGGAAUUAUCAACUACUGAACUGACCCACAAAAAAAUUCAAGAAAGUGACUCUGAAAAACUGAACUAUCUCCAAGCAGAUCAAAAGAACGAAGAUGAGUUGAUCUAUGUGAAGGAUAUAUUCAUGAAAUCAAGCUUCCGCAAUGAAAUACUAUUUGAUGCAUGGUACUCAAUGAACAUUACGGCUCUCCAAGAAGAGGACUGCCAACAUUACGAGGCUGCUGCUGCUGCAUUUGAUUUCACUGAGAUGUCAGCUGAUCAGCUACUUCUGUCUGACUUGACAAAUGAAGUGUUGCUCGAUAUCUACAAGAAGUAUUCUGUUUCCAAGUCCAAGUUCUCCCGGUUUUCUUCUUUUGAUAGACCGAAACCUGUUGCAGACCAUGCCCUGAAGGAGUUGUGGUCCAAAGUAAGCUGCCAUCUGGAUGAACAGCCACAAUCCAGCAUAGAAAUCGACACAAUUUUGUCGAAUGACCUAGCCAAGAGCGAUCGCUGGGUGAAUUUUCAGAGAGACGCUGAUCACCUGGGGAACAUGUUGGCAGACUUUGUGUUUGACAAGCUUCUGACAGAGUUCACUCUUCAGCUUGCAAAGUUUUGAGCCUAGCUAGUUUUUUAUUAUUAUUAUUUUGUCCCUAAAUUUUGUUGGUCUAGCUGUUCUAUAUAGUGGAAGUAUCAUUUUCUUGUAUAUAUUUACAUUCUUUCCGUUCUCUCCUUGAAGAGAGGUAACGGUCUGGAGAGGUUGUUAGGGCUUAGGAAUUCAAUUCAUGUGCUGAAAGGUUUUGAAAUUUAUAUAUUUGGAGAAGCAGUUGUUUGCA